UGGAAAGGAGGAAGCAGAAUGGUAUUUCCUGUCACACAAACCUUUUUGAAUGUUGAAUCUCCUACAAUCAGCUGUCUAGAAAAGUUAAGCUUAUUUGUUUUUACCUGUGAUAUGAAGGUACCACUGUCUGUAUGCAGUGAGAGUUGUACCCCAGGCACUAGAAGAGCUGUUCAGAAAGGGAGACCUGCCUGUUGUUUUGACUGUAUACAAUGUGCACCAGGAGAAAUUAGCAACACAACAGAUUCCCUUAACUGCCUGAAAUGCCCAGUGCAAUAUUGGUCAAACACAAGAGGAGAUGCCUGUGUUCCAAAAGAAGUUGAAUUCCUAUCAUACAAGGAUAUAAUGGGAAUAUUGCUUGCAUUUUUUUGUUUGGUUGGGGUGUUGUUUACUAUUCUAACUAUACUUAUUUUCUACUACAAUAAAAAUACUCCUAUUGUUAGGGCCAACAACUCUGGGCUAAGCUUUCUACUCCUCUUUUCUCUGACUCUCUGUUUCCUUUCUUCACUUACCUUCAUUGGUCAGCCUUCUGAGUGGUCCUGCAUGCUGCGCCACACAGCUUUUGGAAUUACAUUUGUCCUCUGCAUCUCCUGUGUUUUAGGGAAAACCAUAGUUGUGUUAAUGGCCUUCGGGGCUACACGUCCAGGAAGCAAUGUUAUGAAAUGGUUUGGCCCUCUACAGCAGAGACUCAGUGUUUUUGCCUUCACUCUCAUACAGGUUCUAAUUUGUGCACUUUGGUUAACGAUAUCACCCCCCUUCCCUUAUAUGAAUAUGAAUUAUUACCAAGAAAAAAUAUUGUUAGAGUGUAAUUUGGGUUCAGCUGUCGGUUUCUGGGCUGUAUUGGGUUAUAUAGGUUUUCUUGCCAGUCUAUGCUUUGUUUUGGCUUUUGUGGCUCGAAAACUACCUGAUCAUUUUAAUGAGGCGAAAUUUAUCACAUUCAGCAUGCUCAUAUUCUGUGCAGUUUGGAUCACCUUUAUCCCAGCUUAUGUCAGCUCACCUGGAAAAUUCACUGUAGCGGUUGAAAUAUUUGCCAUUUUAGCAUCAAGUUACAGUUUACUAUUCUGUAUCUUUGCACCAAAAUGCUAUGUAAUUUUACUGAGGCCUGAAAUGAACACUAAAAAACAAAUAAUGGGAAAUAUAAAUAUAAAAGAUAAAUAAAGAUAAAUACCUUA